AUGAUGCGAGGUCUGCUAAAACUAUAUAAUAGCCCUCAUAGCUGCAAAAGACCCUCACAAGCUCUCUUCUUUGUUACUCGUGCUUCCUUUAGUUCCUCGGCUUCUUUGCAUUCAAUGUUGAAUGUAUUGUCCUCGCCCAAGUGUGACGGCGCCACCACCAUUGAGAAUAUUGGAUUCCAGCAUCCAUGGUCCUUAAUUCAGCACCGGGGUGUUAAAGUGAAUGCCAUUCAUUUAAGACCUGGAAAUGUCAUUGAGAAAUCAGGGCGAAUUUACCAGGUGGUGGAAGUAGAGCAUAGGCAGCGAGGAAGAGGAGGUGCUACGAUGCAGAUUGAACUUCGUGAUGUUGACAGUGGAACAAAGCAAAACUCCAGGUUUGGAACAGAGGAGUCUGUUGAAAGAGUAUUUGUUCAAGAAAAGUCAUUUGCUUGUUUAUAUACGGAAGACAAAAUGGCGUAUUUGAUGGAUCCGGUGAACUUUGAACAACUGGAAGUGCCGUUGGAGUUAUUUGGCAAAGCUGCUGCCUAUCUAAAAGAGGAUUUGAAAGUCAAAUUGCAGUUGUACGAUGAUAGACCUUUAUCGGGGUCUGUGCCAAAACAAGUGACAUGCUCCAUCAAGGAAACACUAGCCAAUAUGAAGGGGACAACAGUGACACCUCGGUAUGUAAAGGCUGUACUGGACAAUGGUCUCACUGUUCAAGUACCUUCUUAUCUACAGAUCGGCGAAAAAAUAAUUAUCAACACUGAGGAUGAUACAUUUGUUAGCAGGUGA